UGGCGUCACGAUAUUUUGGCGCGUAGUUAAUACUUGCUUUGAAUUCGUAUUUUUACAUUAUAGCAUAAAAUUUUCAUUAUUUAAGGCGUAUUAUAAUAUAUUAGAAGAUGAGUGCUAUGGCAUCUACAGCUGCUGUUCAAGAAGAUGAAGAAUGGGAGGAAUAUAAUCCCCAAGCAAAAUUAAUAAAGACUCUCGAAGGAAAUGGCAUAACAGCAGGGGAUGUAAAAAAAUUAGGGGAAGCUGGCUAUCAUACUGUAGAAGCUGUAGCUUAUGCUCCCAAAAAGUGCCUACUUGCUAUUAAAGGUAUCAGUGAAACUAAAGCAGAUAAAAUUUUACAAGAAGCUUCUAAAUUAGUGGUGAUGGGAUUUAAAAGCGCCACUGAAAUUCACCAGACUCGGUCAAAUAUAGUUUUUGUGACUACUGGUUCUAGCGAAUUAGACAGAUUACUAGGAGGUGGUAUAGAAACUGGUUCUAUUACAGAAAUAUUUGGUGAAUUUAGGUCGGGAAAAACUCAGUUAUGUCAUACACUCGCUGUUAAUUGUCAAUUACCUAUAGAUAUGGGAGGUGCAGAAGGAAAAUGUCUUUACGUAGAUACAGAAGGAACCUUUAGACCUGAAAGACUAAUUGCUGUUGCUGAGAGAUAUAAAAUUGCAGGAGAUUGUGUGUUAGAUAAUGUAGCCUGUGCUAGAGCUUAUAAUACAGACCAUCAAACUCAAUUAUUAAUUCAAGCUAGUGCUAUGAUGACAGAAUCUAGAUAUGCAUUAUUAAUAGUAGAUAGUGCCACUAGUUUAUAUAGAACUGAAUACAGUGGAAGAGGAGAAUUAGCUGCUAGACAAAUGCAUUUGGGUAGAUUUCUUAGAAUGUUACUCAGGAUAGCUGACGAACAUGGUGUUGCUAUUGUUAUAACCAAUCAAGUUGUGGCACAAGUUGAUGGUGCAGCUAGUAUGUUUGGUGGUGAUCAGAAAAAACCAAUUGGUGGUCAUACUUUAGCACAUGCAAGUACUACAAGAUUAUAUUUACGUAAGGGUAGAGGUGAAACAAGAAUAUGUAAAAUUUACCAUUCACCUUGUUUGCCUGAGAAUGAAGCAAUGUUUGCAAUAAAUGCAGAUGGUAUUGGAGAUGUCAAAGAAUAA